AUGGACGGCCGUUCCCUCGAUUGGGGGGCUGUCGGCGCUCUUCAGGGCAUUAAGAAUCCCAUAAAAGCUGCCGAAUGUGUACUCACGAGUCAGACCAGACAACAGCCCUGCGGUCUCAUUGCACCCAACCUUCUGGUGGGAGAGGGGGCCCGGGAUUACGCCCUCAGCAAUGGGUGUGUCGGGUGUGUGGCGUCUGAUCUAAUGACCGGUAAUUUGGGAGUAUUUGGUGUCAAGUGUUUUGAUCAGAGAUCUAAACAAACGUAUUGUAAAUAUAAACGACUUCUGGAGUCCGAAGUAAACGACAAAAGCGAUGGGUUUUCAGUGAAACAAAGACGUUUGGAUACAGUGGGCGCCAUAUGUGUGGACUGGGAGGGCAAUGUGGCUGCCGGUGCGUCCAGUGGCGGCAUUCAUCUGAAGCCUUCUGGGAGAAUAGGACAGGCAGCGUUGAUGGGAUGUGGCGUAUGGGCGCAGAAGUGUAUGGCAAUCGCGACUACCGGUGCGGGCGAGUACUUAACCAAAACAAUGUUCGCCAAAGAGUGCGCCAAUCAGUUGCUCGACACAAGCGAUGCAAACAAUUUGAAUGCUUUGAGCAAAGCGUUCAAAGAGGGCUUUAUUGAUUCACCAUUACUUGAGAAUAUUGCUGCAGAGGACAGACUGGCCGGUGUACUGGCCCUCUAUCACGACAAGGACUCGGCUCACACAGAGUUGCUGUGGGGACACAGCACUCACUCCAUGUGCUGCGGAUAUAUGAGUUCCAGUCAUUCAAAGCCCAAAGCAUUCGUAUCUCAACUGCCGGUCGGCUCUAAACCCGGACUUCAUUUCAAAGUCGAAGCAAUCAAUGAGUAGUUUAAUUAGAAAUUGUUUUUUAAUAAAUUUAUUUAUUUGAAAAUCAUUUGUAAAGC